UGCUACUAAUAGAGUGAGGUGUCUCGUUAUCACUAUGUUCUAUGACUCUCGUUAUAUUUACGGUGAUCAGAAUGUUGAAGUACCGGCCCAUUUGAAUUUCGGUAAAUAUAUAUUGGAGCGGUUACGGUUAAUGAACAAGGAAGUAGCACUGGAAAAUGGAGAUACACAUGAAGUGCUUACGUAUAAGGAGUUAACUGAUUUUGCAGUUAAUUUGUCAGUAUCUCUAGCAUCAAUUGGUGUCAAGAAAGGUGACAUUGUUGCUGUGGGGGCUGAAAAACGCUUGGAAUUCGUACCAAGUGUCCUUGCUAUAAUAUUCACGGGGGCAACUUACACUCCAUAUGAUUUAAAGAGUGGUAGAGCUAUACUAAAGCAUAAAUUGAGCAUAACAAAACCAAAAUAUUUUAUAUGUAGCAACCUAUUCUGGGAGUCUUAUAAAGAUAUUUUGAGUGAAUUUGAUUGCAUAAAAUACUUUAUUACAUUGGACGAAGCAGUGGACAAUUUAAUUUCUGUUAAAUCUAUGAUCACAUCUAAAGCUGAAGUAAGUGACUUUGAGCCACCAGCAAUAGUUCAAGGUCAAACUGAUGUUGCAUUCAUUCUGUACUCAUCUGGUACUACGGGUAUGCCAAAAGGAGUUCAAUUAACACAUUUGAAUUGUAUUCUCAACAGUUUACCCAAUGAUUUCAAUGAUCCCUCGCUACACACUGCUUUCGUUUUUGGAGAGUGGUAUCAUAAUUAUGAUACUUUUAUGACGUACAAAUUUCUUUCCGCCGGUAAAAAAGUGGUAUACGUUAACGAUCCUACUCUGCCAGUAUUUCUAAAAUGUGUCGACGAAUGCAAGGUUGAUGUAGCAUUCUUAGUUCCGUCACUUGUCGGAUUUUGCUCAAAAGCAGAAAAUUUGGAAAAGUACAAUUUAGAAUCUCUGAAAAUAAUUUACUCGCGGUCAUCUCCGCUACAUAGCAAAACAAUCGAAAAUGUCAAAAAGAGGUUUCCCAGCUUACAAAGCAUCUUACAAGGCUACGGCAUGACUGAAUGUGGUGAGCCUACCUCUGAAACCUGGGGUACGAAAGGCCCAAAGCCUGGCAGCGUCGGAAUGGCAUCUCCCGGCCUAAUAAUAAAGGUAGUAGAUCCACAAACGAACAAGAUUCUCGGUCCAAACCAGCGUGGGGAGAUCCGAACAACAGGCUCAGUUCUUAUGAAAGGCUACAUGGGCAUUGAGCCUUCAACGUAUCUAGACGAAGAGAACUUUUUCAAAACUGGUGACUUAGGAUAUUACGAUCUCGACAAAUAUUUCCAUAUCGUGGAUAGAUUUAAGGACAUUAUUGUCUAUGAUGGCUAUAAGGUUGCUCCGUUAGAAUUGGAGUCAAUAUUAUUGGCUCAUCCAGGUGUUCGUGAAGCUGCAGUAAUAGGGAAGCCAGUACCUGACUACGGAGAGGAACCCACGGCGUUCGUCGUGAAACAAAAUGGAACGACCGUCACUGAGAAGGAAUUAGUCGACUACGUGGGUAAUGAGGUUGCUCCGUAUAUGCAGCUUAAGGGUGGGGUCAUAUUCCUGGAGGAAAUUCCAAGGAAUACAAGAGGGAAAAUUCUACGUCGACAGCUAAGAGAAAUUUUUAAUUAAAUUUAUAAAUAUAAAAAAUAAUUUUAAUUUGAAAGAUAUUCGAUUUAAUUAAUGUAUUGUUUUAUUUUUUAGUAUUUUAAAAGGUGUAUAA